CUUGGGGUAGGAGUGUUCAGUGUGAAGUCAUGGAGGGUAAGGGAGUGCUGGUGGCGCUGGUGCUGCUGCUGUUGGGUUGUAGGCUGGGAGUAGAGGCUUUCCAAAAUGGGAAGGUGACUACUAGCUGUAAAACUAUGAUCCCUGGGCACGAAGCGACCAGCCCUCAGAAUACAGAGUCCCCAUUCACAGUGAGCACCCAGAAGACCAGCUACAUGGCGGGGCAGGACGUCACAGUGAUCCUUAGCACCUCCUCUCCCAAGUUUGAAGGCUUCCUGCUCCAGGCCCGGGAAGAGGCCAGUGGCUCGGCUGUGGGCUCCUUCGUGUCUACUCCUGUGGGCACUCAGACCCUCACCUGUGGGGGGGUAGCGAGCUCAGCGCUGUCCCACACCUCCAACGUCGACAAGAGCUCUGUACAGGUGACAUGGAGACCUACGAGUAACCGGACUGUGCAGUUCUACACCACCUUCGUGCAGAGUUACCAGACAUACUGGGUGGGUGUGGCUAGUCCUAAAGUCGAGUUCACUGGAGAGUACAACAGCAAUGACAACAGCAAUGACAACAGCAAUGCCCAUGACUCCUCCACAGCCCGGCCCUCCACUUUGCCUGCUACUCCUCUGGACAUUUCAUCGGGAGGCUGUGGAGAGUCUAAGGUGUGCUUUCUGAACCCUCCAGACUGUGACCCAGCACAGAACCCUGCUAACUGUUACUUCCUGUCGGCCACGUUGGUGUCACCUGGGUCCUCUGCCGUCCAGUACCAGAUGUCCGGCCCCUCUGACGGCUACAUCUCCUUCGGCUUCUCAGACGACCAGGAGAUGGGCAAUGACGACAUAUACAUUUGUGUUAUGGACGACAGUGGCCUGGUGCAGCUACAGCACGCCUACUCCACCGGAUCAACCACACCACAAAGUGUUCCUCUGGGCAACAUUUCAGAUAUACAAACGUCAGUGGAGAACAAAGUGAUCAGAUGUUCCUUCAUCUCCACCAACAGCAUCUCCACCCAGAGGAGCAGCAGCAGCCAGGCCUAUUACCUCCUGUACGCACACGGCCCCAGCAGCAACGGACAGAUCAAAAUCCACACAGGGACAUUUGUCAGUAGGGACAGAGUGGACAUCACCAAACCUGGACAGGUGCAGAGCGUCCAAGCACCUGCCAUCAUCAAGGCUCAUGGUGCCCUGAUGCUGGUGGCCUGGAUGUUCACGGGCUCCCUGGGUAUGAUAGUGGCCAGGUUCAACAAGAAACUGGCCCACGGUACCAGGCUCUGUGGAAAGGACAUGUGGUUUCUGGUGCAUGUGUUGGUGAUGUGCCUUACCGUGGCAAUGACCAUCAUCGCCUUCAUCCUGGUCUUUGCGCAUGUCCGCACCUGGUCUGGGGGGGCGCACCCUGUGUUGGGCUGUUUGGUGAUGAUCCUGUCCUUCUUCCAACCACUAGGGGCAUUGCUACGAUGUGGGCCUCAGCAUCCAAAGCGCUUCCUCUUUAACUGGUCUCAUGCUCUGAACGCUUUGGCAAUAAAAGCUUUAUCUGUGGCGGCCAUUUUUACCGGACUCCAGUUGAUUGACAGCUCCCAGAACCAAUGGCUGCCGAAGGUGAUGGGAGGCUUUGUGGCAUGGGAGGCGGUCUACUUCCUCCUGUCUGACCUGAACUUAAAGUGGAGCCAGAAAAGUGAAGGUAUAAUACUUUUGGUGAUGGGUGGUCCCCUGGUUCCUGGGCUCUUCCUCCUGGGGAACCUGGCCUUCCUGGUGGCUCUGCUGGCGGGCAUCGGCAUGUCCUGACCAACACUACCGAGCUGUUGUACAAUCCAUAUGCAUCUAAUCUGAUUGUACAUAUCUUUUCAUAUUUUUGGAAUGAUUAGUAAAAUGAAUAACACUAUAAACUCCACUGUUCAAAACAUUAAAUUGUAACUAAACACCACAACCACAUUUCAAAUAGAGCUGCUAAACGGGGCAGUACCUGGAGGACUAAAGGGGAGAGUGAGAGUGGAGGAGGGGUGGACAUAGAGUCUGGAUAUAUGUGGGACAUUGUGAUUGGUCUAACGGGUAUUCACACUUCAAACCCCACCCCUGCAGUUUUUGUAAUCAGAAACACCUGGCUGUCAUGUGUGAUGUCACGUAGUACUUCAAAUUGCUGCAGCCACUGGAGUCAGUAUGCACUCAGUUUUUAACAAAAAAAGCUGCAAAUUUACCUAGUUUACACUAAAAUUGCCAAAACUGACUAGAAACUCCAUAUAGACAGACAUAUUAAAACACCAUAUAGACAGUUUAGCAGCAAAAAGUUGAUUUAGUGUUUACUUUCACUUUAAAGGAGCCUGUAUCUGAUUUUGAGUGAGUGAGGAACAUGUUUUAGUUUGAACUUUUAACCUCACUCACUUAGUCCUUUCUGCUGUAGUGAUAUUGCACCAUGACAGAGAAUCAAGUGCCUGGGAUAGUGGGCUUGUUAUCUAUUUAUCUACAAACUAAUCACAGAGAGAAAUGAUCAAGGCUCAGAUGUGUCAGGCAGUUGGUUUCCCAUGAUUCUUAGUAACAAUGUGCCUGACCAGACAAAAAGAGGUAACCGUCUGUAGCUUCUGUAUUAGUUAUUACCAGGGAAAAAAAGCCUUGUAAGAUGAAUAGCUUAUAUUUUACAGUCUCAGUGUUUGUCUUAUUUAUCAGCUUUUGAUGUAAUGCAUGAUGCAAAGAGCACUUCUGUUUACAAGAAUAAACUAAAAUCAGGUACAGGCCCUUUAAAGUGUGCACAGCAGUUGCACUCUGUUGCCCUCUGUUGAUCAAUUCCUAUAUCACACCAGAAAUCAUGGAAACUUUCAUUUUCAGAUCAAGUUUUGAUAAUUAGAUCUUUUAAAAUGUACCUGUUAUGCUAAAUUACUUUUUAAACAAAUGAGCAUUUUUAUGUUUUUUAACUAUUGAUUUUUUAAAAUUAAUUUGUACAUUUUGUAUUUGUCAUUGAAUAAAUUAAAGAUUAACCAGUUUG